UAUGCUACGUACACUUUAAUUAUUUCCUAUAAAUUCUUCUCAUCAUUCAAAAACCUCUCAAUUUCACCAUGGAUCUUGAAAAGGCUUUCCACAUGAAGGGUGGCCUCGACGAAACCAGCUAUCCCAAAAAUUCUGCAUUGCAGAAAAAGGGGGCUGAAACGGUGAAGCAUAUAACCCUAGAAAGCAUAGAGAAAUUGAUCAUGGAAACAAGGCCCAAGAGCAUGGGGAUUGCGGAUAUGGGCUGCUCUUCAGGGCCCAACACGCUGUCAAACGUUAAGGAGAUCGUCGCCGCCGUGGAGGAGACCUGCCGGAAAAUCGGGGAGGCGGCGCCGGAGUUUCGCUUCUACCUCAACGAUCUGCCUACUAACGAUUUCAACACAAUUUUCCAGGCCUUGCCGGAAUUCUACCGGGAGCUCAACGCCGGGAAGGAACACGGGGGACGCCCGGUUUAUGUCGCCGGCUUUCCCGGCACGUUCUACGGCAGGAUCUUCCCUGACAACUGCUUGCAUUUGGUCUAUUCCUCCUAUAGUCUCCACUGGCUCUCCAGGGUUCCUUUAGGAAUUUAUGACGAGCAAAACAUGUCGAUGAAUAGAAAGAGUAUUUAUAUAUCUACAAGGAGCGAAAAUGGAGUGUGUGAAGCAUAUUACAAGCAAUUUCAAGAGGACUUUUCAUUGUACCUUAAAUCGAGGUGUGAAGAGGUUGUGAAUGGUGGGAAAAUGGUGCUAAUAUUGCUGGGGAGAGAGGGGCCUUGUCAUGUGGAUAGGGGCAUUUCUUUGUUAUGGGAACUUCUCUACCAAUCUCUAGCCACCCUCGUUGACCAGGGUGAAGUUGAGGUGGAGAGAUUGGAAUCUUAUGAGGUGAACUUCUAUGCACCAUCAAUGGAAGAGUUGGAAGAUGAAGUUAGGAAACAAGGGGGUUUCAAGAUUGAGGUGAUUCACAAGUUCCAAAUGGAUAGAGAUGCUGCAGCAUCAAAUUCAAUUAGCUAUGGAAAUGCAAUGGCAAAGGCAGUCAGAUCCAUACAAGAACCAAUGAUUGCUCAUCACUUCGGACAUGGAAUCUUGGACAAGUUAUUCCAACUUUUUGGGAAAUUAGUGGACCAAGAGACGGCCAAGGAUCAUGUAACCUCUACUUCUAUUGUCUUAGUUCUCACUAACUUGUACAAUUAAUUGCCUGCAUGUGUGAUUUAACGUUGCCUUCACAUAUGUAUUUGUUUCAUUGUACACACAUCCAUGUGUGCUUGAGGUAGUAAUAUAGUACUAUUCGAGUGUAAUAAAAUAUCUCAUACUUUGAUUAUAUCUAAUCAUUUCACAGA